AUGGCUGGUAAGUUGCUCUUGGGCAUGAGAUUGUUUUUGAUCGUCUUUCGGCCUCAUUGUGGUGGUGAUGGUGACGUGGUGCUAGACGGCGCACCCGAAGGGGCGGCCGCCGUGCCGCCUGGGGGCGCAGACGCCCCUAUCCUGGGUGGCGGGGAGCAUGGCCUCAGCUUUGCCCGCCCGCUGGAUGCCCUGAACCAUGUUCUGGCCACCGGUUGGGGAUUCAUGCAGAAGAACGGCUGGUAUGUUGUGGCCAUUGCCGUUCUGCUCUACCUCAUCUACGACGCCCUAAAACCACGAUUGCAAGCUGCCUACCGCGCUGCAACGGCGCUGCCCCCGGUGCAGGCCAGCCAAGAAUCGGUUCUUGCUGCCCGCGCUCGCCAACAGGAAGAGUUUCUCCGUCGCUCAGCUGCUGCCAAGCAGCUGCGCGAAGAUGAGCGUCGCCAAGCGGUCCUGGAAGGUCGUCAAGAGCGCCGCGUGAACCGUCCCACAGGCCAGGACAUGCCGCGACCCAAUCUGUCAAGCAGUGUUUGGGGUGGGGAUGGCAAUGGUGGAGGCGACUCAUGCCGGUGGCGACCCGGAAACCGCCGCCCACGCGGUGGGUGAGGUUAAUUGGACAGCAACAGGCCAAGUAGAUGAUGCGGCUGGAAAACAUGCUCCGCAUGUGCUGCGCAUGUGGCGCCACCGCCGUCUGCUUUCUCCGUGCUUGCUGUCCUCGUUUAUCUGUUUUAACGACCUUGAGUGUGGUGCCACCAUCUCAACAUGAUGGUGUCAGCCCCUUGCUGGAAGACGACGUUCUCUUCGCGCCUUUUUUGCUUCGUCUCGAGCGGGUGCUGGUUCUUUGAAGGUGGUUAUGCUCGUGUUUUAAUACGCGUGCAUGCUUCCCAAAUAUACCGUCACUCCCACGUACAAGCAACAAGGACGCUAAGAUAGGCCGUCUCCUUAGUGACGCGUCGCAUCCCAAGCCGCAAGGCCGAUGCUAACGCUGAUAAGCAAGGAUUCCGCUGCUUGCGCCCGGUCUCGGUUGUGCUGUUUCCCACGAUAAGGACCGAAUGCUGUAUCUUCAGCCAAGGUUUUGCGUGUGUAAGAGGCACUGGUCUGUGUGG